AUGGCCUCAGAAAGGAGUGGGUCUAAGAAGCAGGAGCUCAACUCUAAGAAAAAGCUAGAGAAGAAGCUCAGCUUCUAUACAAAAGUGAAAGAUGCGGUUACCUCCCUACAGGCCAAAAAGGCUAUCAGUAAGAAAAAGAAACAGAGGAGCCGUCAGAAGAAACUGAAACUGAAAGCAUAUGAUUUGUCAGCACUUUCUGAGUUCCUUCCACAAACAGCUGGCUCGCAGCAGCAGACGGAAGUAAAGCUCAACCGCAAGUCAAAGCAGGCUUUAGUGCAACGAGAGUCUGCUCAACUGAAUGCUGUACUGAACAACCCUCAGUUCCAGCUAGACCCAUUGGCUGCAAUUCAUCAGCAUCUGGUAUCAACACAACCGCCUUCUUCCGUGAAAGACGAUGAGUCUGCAAAGAGCGGGAAGAAAUCUAGGAAGGACAAGAAAAGGAAGAAGAAGAAGAAGAAUGCUUUGUCGACCCCCCAGUCGAUGGAUAUCUGA